AUGUUUUCACUAACACAAGGCUGUGGUUGCGUCAACUUCGGCGGUGGGAGACGUACACGGUCUAUGGGCGAUGACUCUUCGUCCUGCAGAAGCUCCGAAAUAGAACAAGAGGUACCUAAAAAGCUCACCAGGCGAAUGCUCAACGGCGAAUGCACGAUGAAGGCACUCGCUCCAUUUUUGCGUUUUUGGAAGAGGGAGGACGUCAGUAUGACGAAAGCAGAACGAACAAUGAAAGCAGCAAUACUAAUACAGCAAUGGUAUCGUCGGUAUUUAGCGAGGAUGGAGGUGAGAAGGCGGUAUACAUGGACCAUCUUCCAAAGCAUAGAAUAUGCAGGCGAACAGGACCAAGUGAAGUUGUACAACUUUUUCAACGCGUUGCUGACUCACAUGAGAGACACGACGGGGCGGCCCUCCUCUGAAAGGACAUCACGUACAGCGUCUGUUCUGGAACAAGUAUUUUCCGAGGAGUCGGAUGAAGGCGGCGGCGUCGAUGAAACUGCGCCGUCCAAAUCUGCCACCGGUCCCGAUAUCGAAUUCCCAUUGAAGAGAAAAGAUAUCGACUUGCUGAUUGAGGCGUUCAGAAAGAAAAAGCACCGUUUACAUCCGAAGCACGUGGCCCAGAUCUUAAAAGAAGCCUCUCAAACAUUGAAAAGGCUGCCCAAUAUUAAUGUGGCUACCACUUCAAUAUCGAGCCAGAUCACAAUCUGCGGUGACUUGCACGGGAAGUUGGAUGACUUGCUCGUUAUAUUCCAUAAGAAUGGCCUACCAUCGACAGAGAACCCGUACAUAUUUAACGGAGACUUCGUCGAUAGGGGCAAGAAGAGUUUAGAAGUGUUGCUUUUGCUCUUGGCUUGUAUGUUGGCGUUUCCCGGGGGAGUAUUCCUGAAUCGAGGGAACCACGAAGAUCUUAUAAUGAAUGCGAGGUAUGGCUUUAUCAGGGAGGUUCAUCAGAAAUAUAAGCACAAUGCGGAACGCCUUCUGAAGCUCAUUGAAAAUGUUUACCGAUGGUUGCCGCUGGGAACGAUCAUUAACAACCGAGUCUUCGUGGUACACGGUGGAAUCUCUGAUACUACAGAUUUGGAUAUGGUGAAAAGUCUCGAGCGAGAUAAGUACGCGUCUUUGUUACGCCCGCCCGUCACCGAAGGCGCCGCGCCGGGCGCCGAAACGAUCGACAAGGUGGAAUGGAAACAGGUAUUCGAUAUUCUCUGGUCGGAUCCUCAAACUAUCGGUGGCUGCGUGGCGAACGCUCUUCGUGGAGCCGGUACAUACUUCGGACCUGACGUAACAGCCAGUUUUCUACAGAAGAACAAACUGAGCUUUAUAGUGAGAAGCCACGAGUGUAAACCUGGGGGAUACGAGCUACUUCAUGAUGGAAACGUAAUAACAAUAUUCUCUGCGUCAAACUACUACGAGCUCGGUUCAAAUAAGGGAGCGUAUUUGAAACUACGCGGGAAUUCUUUGGAACGUCAAUUCGUACAAUACACCGCGGCCGUAUCUCGAACGAGGCGGCUGACCUUCAGGCAGAGAGUGGGGCUCGUGGAGUCUUCAGCUAUGAGGGAACUACACAGCCAUAUUGUCAUGGCCCGGAGACAAUUAGAAGCGACGUUCCGCAGUGUGGAUCCGGAAAAUUGUGGGUUUAUAUCCAUUAGCGACUGGUGUAGUGCUAUGGAGGAAACUACUCAUUUGGGACUUCCCUGGCGUAUGCUGAAGGAUAAGCUCGUGAGGACUGACCCGGAAACGCGUCGAGUACGCUAUAUGGACACUUUUGAUCUUUCAGCGAAUAAGUUCGGAAGAAAAUCUGACACACAAACUGUCGCGGAGACUCUUUACAAGAACAAACAAAGCUUGGAAGCGAUAUUUAAAAUAUUGGAUAAGGACAACUCAGGAUACAUUACACUCGAAGAGUUUUCGGAAGCGUGCCAACUCAUCGGCAAAUACAUGCCUAAUCCCCUAACUCAAGAGCAAUUAGUCGACAUAUGCCGUUUGAUGGACAUCAAUAAGGACGGCCUCGUCGACCUGAACGAGUUCUUGGAGAGCUUCAGACUCGCCGAGAAGAGCUUGCACGAGGAGGACCAUCAACUCGCCGAAAUACAGGCGACCUGA